AUGUAUAUCACGCUAAAACUUAUUACCUUGCUCGCCCUGACAAUUGAACUAAUAUGUUCAAAAGAGCUUCCUUUCCUAAACGCCAUCGAGGUCCCGGGUGCGAAGGUGCCAAUCAUGAGGAUGUUUGAUAAUUAUGCAGCGCAUUGUAAGAAAGAGGGGGAGCGAACAUUGGGCAUGAGUUCCCUGGCCCAGAUUAUGCAUAGUCUGAAUGCCGAAGCACUCGUCACAAAGAUGCACGACAGCUUAUUCUCGGCAAUUGGCGACGUCGAGGUCAGGCGGCUCGAAGGAAGAUGGUUCUCGGUCGUCGAUACCAGAGAGGUGCAUGCUGAAGAAUGUAGCACAACUGAAAUUGAGAUAAUUGCUCAGAAUGUCUUCACUUCUACCUUAUCCCUAAUCACCAAAGUAUGGAACCCAGGCCAGACCCCGACCACAAAUACUGGAAUCGGUCUUCAGAUGGGACCGGAACCGGGAGAGCUGCUGCUCUCCACGGGCCACUCGAUGGAUAAAUGCCCAUAUGUCGUCGUAAAGACGUUCAAUGCCAAUCCUGGACAGCCUUACGACUUUAUCGUGCUCUCACAACCGCUGAAAUAUCCGACGAUUGUUCUUGCACGGAGCACAGACCUCUUCCAAGAACACAAGAAGCAAGUCUACGAUUUCCUCGAGAAAAACGGAUACCUCAGUCCCAUGGCCGCCCUCAAUACGAGAUUGCAUUUUGUAAACGUAUCAGCUUGCGAUUUCGUCGAA